GUGUUAUCAAGUCAACACAUUCCGGUAGUCCUGAAACAAGUGAGUUGUUAAGAGACUUCACUUCACAUUAUGAGACUGUCUCUUUUCAAAAGCAGCCCUCCAUGAAGCUUGCUGAGAAAGCUGACCAAGACAAAGAAAGAAGAGACAGUGAAUCCAAAAUGGGUGAAAGUACAUACAAAAGAACAUCUUUCCUCAUUGAGGGGGAAGAUAAAAAAGUAUUCAAGUUCAAAGCAGGGUUCUCCAAGGAGUCACUUGUGUCUUCCUCCACAGAGGAUACUUUAUUUCAACAAGAAGACAGCCCCAAGGUAUACCCUUUGACCAUGACCUGGUCAUUUGGAUGGAACAGCUCCCUUCCUGUGUACUACAUCCGGGACGAGAGCCACCGAGUCCUUCUGUAUGUCUGUGCUCACACCGCUGUCAUCUACAAUGUCUUCAGGAACACCCAGUACCACCUUCAGGGCCACCCUAACAUCAUCUCCUGCCUGUGUGUCAGUGAAGACAGGCGGUGGAUCGCCACGGCAGACAAAGGGCCAGACUGUCUGAUAAUCAUAUGGGACUCCUUCACAGGGUAGGCCUCGUAUCUUCACUUCUUUCCCACCUCAUUUCUGCAGGUAUCUGGCACCUGGCCAAGCAAAGAAUGAAUAACGCUGGUACGUACCAACUUCGUUUGUUGGUGGCCCAGAGCAGACUGGGCUAAAGG